UAAAGGACCCUUUGAUCAAGAAAAUCCAAUUAUUUGUGUAUAUACAUUUCCCACAUAGUGAUUACUUCAUUAAUUGUCCCGCCUUUAUCUCCUCCCUUCCCAUCCCCCCUAAUAAUCAGCUCUUUUAUCCAGACCAACAAACACACCAUAGGAGCUUUGUGGAUUCAAAGGAUUUGCUUUCGCUUCUGAAAGAGCCGCUAUUCUUUGAUGAUUGGGUAGCGGCAAACUUCAAAGCCAUAAAUCUUCCUUCUGACUGGCUGGCGGCCCAGCAAAGUCCUUAUCAAAUUCUUGGAGGUGAUCCUGGCGCAGGCAGACAGUCCGCGGAGAUCGCGCUGAGCCGGGGCUGCCUGCCUAGUGGAGGGGGGUGCAAAAGGCGAGGAAAUCUGAAAGUGGGUGGGUGGGAGAAGGAAGGAAACUGGGCAGCUUUCCGGCUUCCCCCUGGCGACUCCAUGCCGCGGCGUCGCCCCCCUGGCCUCGCCUGGCCCCGGACGCGGUAGCCAUGGCCGCCGUGGCCGUCCUUCGGAACGACUCUCUGCAAGCGUUUCUCCAGGACCGCACUCCGAGCGCCUCCCCCGACGUGGCCAAGCACUCGCCGCUGGCUUUACUGGCCGCCACCUGUAGCCGCAUCGGGCAGCCCGGCGCAUCGGGUCCGCCGUCGGACUUCCUGCAGGUGUCCUACGAGGCCAGCUUGGGCUCUCCGUCCAGGAUCUUCCACCCGUGGAGCAGCGACAUGCCGGCGCACUCGCCGGGCGGCCUGCCGCCGCCGCCCAGCCUGGGCCUCACCCCGCAGCCGGCCUUCGGCAGCGCCCACGAGCUGCCGCUGACGCCGCCGGCCGACCCGUCGUACCCCUACGAGUUCUCGCCCGUCAAGAUGCUGCCGCCGCCGCCGCCCUCCAUGGGCGCGCUGUCGUCCAGCUGCGCUCCGCCGCCCUCCGCCUACGUGCCCUACGCCGCCCAAGCGGCCCUGCCGCCGGGCUACUCCAACCUGCUGCCCCCGCCGCCAGCGCCCCAGCUCUCGCCGGCGCCCGACGACAUCCCUUGGUGGAGCAUCCAGCAGGCGGCGCCCGGCGCGGGCGGCUGCGCGCACCGCUUCGCGGCGGGAAACCUGCAGCGCGGCCUGGUCUUGGCGCCGUCGGAGCUGGCGCAGUACCAGACGCAGCUAGCCGCGCUGCUGCACCCCAAGGCGCCCCUGGCGGCCACGGCCAGGAGGUGCCGGCGCUGCCGCUGCCCCAACUGCCAGGCGGCGGCGGCCGGAGGUGGAGGCGGCGGCCCCGACGGGGCGCCCUCCUCCGAGCCGGGCAAGAAGAAGCAGCACGUGUGCCACAUCCCCGGCUGCGGGAAGGUGUACGGCAAGACGUCGCACCUCAAGGCGCACCUGCGCUGGCACACGGGCGAGCGGCCCUUCGUCUGCAACUGGCUCUUCUGCGGCAAGAGCUUCACGCGCUCCGACGAGCUGCAGAGGCACCUGCGGACUCACACCGGCGAGAAGCGCUUCGGCUGCGCCGAGUGCGGCAAGCGCUUCAUGCGCAGCGACCACCUGGCCAAACACGUCAAGACGCACCAGAACAAGCGCCUCAAGGCCGCCGCCGCGCCGGGACACGGACACGCGUGUGCCACCGUCAAAAGGGAGGAGCCCAGGGACAUGUGACAACCUGCGCCUGAGCUGCCCUCCCACGCCCGCUCCCUGGGCCACGAGGCGCCCUGGCCUGCGCCUGGGGUUCCCUCUCCAGAUCCACCUUGCAGAUCUUAGAGGUCUGGGGAACUCCACUUUUGCAGAGGUUUCUGGGAGGAGGACUUGAACCCAGGACCCACCCUUGAAAGUCUGGGCGGCCUGGAAAAGGGGGGCGGGGACCAAAACACCUCCUUUGAACAUAGCUGCCUGUAUUCCGUGAGCUUGGAGCAGUUGUUGGUGCAUCAUCCCAUAUCGGAAUCGAGGCCAGUGUGACGCUGCUGCCUACGGGAUCCCAGGCCUCAGGGGACUAGAUGCAGGAUGUGAUCCUUGCCUUGGGAGCAGAAGUGGUCAGAUGAACCCUGCCUCUCAUCUUAACAAGAUUUGGAACUGUGUGCUCUGGGGGUCGGAGAUGUCCGUUUACGUCAACCCGCCCUGUGGAUUUAUUUGAUUUCUACGUUUUUGCUCCUGGUACUCCCAGUUCCGGUCACCUGUGAGGAUCCCCCCAAAGGAUCAGGACUUACAGUGCCAACUGUUUGCAACAAUUCCUCGGACUAGAGGGCAUAGCCUCAGACACACACACACACACCCAAAAUACCAUUUUUGAAACGAUCUGGUCAAAGUGGGCUGGAUUACGGUUUUAAAUAAAAACAACUGCAGCAUUAGCCUGUCUAUGGAGGGCCUGGCUCCUUUCAUUAUUAUAAUUUUAUGCCUUUCUUCGGGGGAAAGGCCAACCUUUUGUGUACAGCUUAUUUAAUAGCUUUGUUUGAAUUAAAAAAAUGUUUUUCCCCCUCCCCCUCCUUGAUCUUGGCUCCAUAUGGGGGGCUAUAGCAUGAGAUGUGUCUGUAAAGCAACCUGCAACUGCAGUGUGAUAAUAAAUACAUUAACUCUGGGGUCAUAUGGAGAAGACCCAACUGAGUUUGUUUCAUUUGA